AUGCCCACCCCCUAUAUCACGGCAUACCAUCAGCAGGAAGGGUUCUUGGUAGAGUUUUCGGUUCAAGAUCCGAAUACGGAGGAGAUUUGGUGGAGAAUCAAGCCCAAGGCUAGUGAACUCCGUUAUGCCGGAAGGCUGGGCGGAAGAGGGGGGUUAGAGAACGCUUCACCACAGAUGUUCCAGCGAACGUUUUGA